AACAAUUCCUGGGACUUACAGGGAGGCUUAAUUUGCUAAGAAUUUAUUGGAUACUUCUGAAAAGUUAAACCUAUUUGUAGACCAAACUAUCAGCUCGGGAACGCAUUUUUGUGCUGGAACCCAUUCCUUCAGGGCCAAGACUGUACUUCCGAGUAACGCCUGGCUGUAACUGCAUGCCAUUUCAAAAGUCGAAAUUUCUUUUUAGCUGAUCCGAUUAUUGCAAGCAAAUCAUGAACGUUCAACUUCUGCAGCGAUCUACUUCGUAGCGAUUGAAGUUGCAGGGAUGGCGUGAAACAAUCAACCAGAGAAAACUUAUUCCAAAUUCUUUACAUUGAAGUCUGGUAUCCAAGCAUCGGGCCAGUAACCGGCUUAACUAGUGCUACAGAUGUUGUGGAAAACUUUGACUGCGAAAUGGCGGCAGCGAACGACCUUCUCUUGUUUAUUCCCUGUUUAUUUCAGCUCGUUAUUCUUUGUAAGGCUAAAAGACCAGGGCCUCGAGUUGUUCUUGAUAUCCCAGUGGAUUUUCAUCAACGCGUCAAAGUUUACGACGAUUUUGUCGAGAUCAUCGAAGCCCCAACUUUUGCAGAAGCGGAGUUUGACAUUGUUCUGUCUUACAGGACUAGAGAGGCAAGACUCUUAUCAAUCGAACUCACAUCAAUCGGAAUAGAGAAUAAACAGGGUCACGAGUUUAAAUACGUUGUUAUUGUUGCUCAGCGAUCUGAAGUUACACAGACGUUGCGUGUUAAAGUUGGCCUUCGUGAUUCAAUGGCGUAUUUAGAAAACAAAGCUCUUGGGAUAUUUCCUGAUCUUUACAUCGAGCAAAUACAUGUGACCGUAACAUUAGUCGAUCUGCUUCCUGGUGGAUUGGAAUCGAAGCCUGUUUUAGCUGGGGAUUUUUUACGUUUGCCAUUAGUUCCUCCGUGGAGUAGACCUCUUAAACCUGGCUUCAGUUUUCCAUGGCCUUUGGAACAGUUGAUAAAAUACGAUCCAAAGAAAAUCGAAAAAUGCCAGCAUCUUAAGGACAUUGUUGACUUACUGACAUUUCCUGUGGCUUUAACUGGAAAGGAGACUGGUGUGAAAAGAGUUCUACCACCACUUGCAUGGCCUAGACAAGAGUUAGCUGAGGCAUACAGCAGGACAAAACCAAGGUUUACAAUUUCAACAUGGAUAUUCAUAAUGGAACCAUGUCUUGAUGGUCUUUGUGGAAUUUUUAAUCACAGGAGUACAGCGCUCCUGACGCCGUUAGUGAGCAUUACAUCAAGUGGCCUCCUUCAUAUACAGGUACAAUACACACCUGACAUGGGUCAUGCAUUUAUCAUCAACAGUCGCUUGCCUCUUAAAAAGUGGUUACAGAUUGUGAUGUCAGUUGAUGACACAACCGUUCAUGUCACAAUCCGACAUUUCAAUGGUCAUGUUUUUGAGAAAGAGGAGAAUGCUGUGCAUGGAGAUUUCCCGCAUGGAACAUUUAGUUACAAGGACACUGAUGGAUUUUGGGUGCUUGGAGGAACAGAAGGCUCAAAGACUUUUAAAGGGAUUAUUGGACAUACCCGUAUCUACAGGAGACACUUUUUGUUUCCAAACCAGGUUUACUCUCUGCCCGAAGAUCACCUGAUGUUCAGCAUGGCUCUGACAGAUCAUUCAGCAACAUGCAGUGAAAAGAUUGUUAACUUGCAUGAAGCUGCUCUGGAAGAAAUUGAGAAAGAGUCAGAGAAAAAUGAAAACUAUGUGACCAAGCGUGAAUCGCUGAUGGAUCUUGUACCUGCCCCUGACAGUCUCAACCCUCAAUGUCAAGUUCCAUUAUCAGGGGAGACCCAUGAGGUGGAUCUCAUUGUACAGCAAGCCAUAAGCCAACAUCACAAUGAUUUGAGAUCUGUAGCAGACUUUUUGUAUCAGCUGGCUUUUGCAAAAUUGGUUGACAACCCACAGGAGGCCAGAAAGGCACUGGCCAUUUUGAGAGUGGCUAGUUGUAUGGGACACAUCAAGUCACAGUACAUGACAGGGGUUAUAAAUAUGAUUGGUUUAGGUGUCCCGCAAGACAAGACCCAGGGCUGGAAGUACUUGCUGCUUGGUGCAGCUAAUGACAAUGCUCUGUGUCAGAUGUCUCUGGCAUACAGGCAUUUUAUCGGGGCUGAUGGAUUGCAUCAGGACUGUGAUUUAGCUAUUGGAUAUUACAAGGCAGCUGCUUUAACUACAGACAAGCUCCUGCAGGAGCAUCAAGAAGUUAAUACCCACUCAGAAGCAGUGCGUUUAGAUGAUUAUGACGAACUCGCCAAUCACAAAGGACAAGAGUCUGACAUGUUCCAGUGGCUUACCCAUCAAGCCUUGCAUGGUUUGACAGGCGCUCAAAACUUGUUGGCGGAGAUGUACUAUUAUGGUAAACGCGGUUUGCAGAGAGAUUUAAACAGAGCUGUAAAAUAUUAUCAGAUGGGAGCCGACAAAGGAGACGCCGAGGGUCUCUACAACCUGGGCGUGUCUAUGCUUAAGGGCCAUGGAGUGGAGCAAAAUGAGGAAGAAGCUAUUAAGCUGUUUAAGCUGUCUGCAGAACAGGACUUUCCGCCGGCUCUAAAUGCCUUGGGUUUCUAUGAAGUGAACAUGCGUCAGAACUACAGUGGUGCAGCGGCUUACUUCAAGAGAGCCGCUGACAAAGGCGACCGAGAUGGACUGACCAACUUAGCUGUGUCUUAUGACAACGGGUGGGUGGAGGGACACCCACCUGAUAAGAGAGAAGCGUUCAAGUAUUGGUUCGAGGCUGCCACCAAAGGACAUCCUGGAUCGUGUCUUGCCGUGGGGGAGGGGGUCAGUAGUGGCUUGUACGUGGACAGGAACUGCCCUUUGGGGGUUGUAUAUCUUCGUUUCGUUGCCGAGCAAAAUCCUGAGGUUGGAUGGUUAAUGAGACGAGGUUUAGAAGCACACUACCAAGGAAACAUGUACAAAUCGUUAGUUAAUUUCAUGUUUGCCGCUGAGGUUGGCAUGGAAGUACCUCUAUACAAUGCAGCCAUGUUGUGCGAAGAAAAUCAGGAUAAGCUGAACAGUGUAACUGCAGUGGACUGCACGUGGCAUUAUUACAAUCGCUCAGCUGCUAUGGGCUGGGUCUUUGCUAUGGUUAAAGUAGGAGAUAAUCACUGGUAUGGCAAAACUGUACCUCAAAACAUCACAUUUGCUGCUGAAAUGUACGCGGAAGCCGCCUCCAAAAACGAUCUACCACAGGCGGUUUACAAUUUAGCUUACAUGGUGGAGCAUGGCUAUUCUUUGAAAGGAAUCCAGUGGAACAAUGUCGACAAAAAUGAUGUUCUACAGGGGAACCUUACGUUUGCUGCUUCACUCUACCAGAAAUGCCGUGAUGCUACAGAGAACAACAACGAAUCUUUCCUACCCUGUGCGUUCGGUGUUGUGAGAGUCAAGCUGAAACUCUUUUGGCAAAACUACUCAAUGUUAGCUCAGGCAUGUGUCGUGAUGGUGACGUUACUUGUUGGACUAUUGACAGUUUCGGUGUUUUUCUCCGAUGGAAACGGGCUCUAGCAUAGACCACUGACACAAAGCAGGAUAGAAGUAUAGCCAAGAGAACAGUGUUACUUACAAAUAGAUUUUAUUUAUUAUUUCUUGGAUACAGUACUCUAAGAAUGGGCGUCGAGGAAGAAUACGCCUUUUCACAUUUGCAGGAAAAGAUAUCAGUGUGUUUAACUCCUUGUCACUGAAUUCAGUCAAAUGGAUUGACUGUAAAAAGACAAACAAACAAUGUGCAGCCAGAAGAUUUUGCAGGCCUUGUCCUUACUACGCUGGAAAAAUUUGAAAACCCAGCUUUGUUUCCACUGCUAGGCCUACCGUUCACACUAAUCCGCCACGG